AUGCUGGACUUGAAGCGCAAGAGGACAGAGACGGAGGGACUUCAUGGUCUCAUCUUGGGGCGCCUUGGAAGGGGGCUGCCGCCUCUGCGUCAGGCGUCUGUGGCGCUUGUGGCUUCUUUGCCGGAAGCAAAGGUGCAUGACGGCCUUGGAGCAGCAGCUCCGCUGGUUCACUCGCCGGUUGCUGGAAAAACCUUGUUUAAUGUGGCUUUUCUAUUUCCACCUUCUCGUGCUUUGGUGCAUCGAGAUUUGGAGACAGGCAGUGCUCAAACCGCUUCCGAUGGAUCCAGCUUUGAGCCUCGAAUCCGCAGUGCAGGUGCACCGUCCAGCACCUCCUUGAGGUUGAUGGAGAAGAAACAGAUUCCUCCGCCAUCUCGGAGUUGGCAGACUGAGAAGACGAAUGGCAAGGCGCUCGAGGGCGACGGCGAUGGUCGAUGCCAAGGACGUGACCAAGGAGAAGCUUCAGUGACUUUUCAGCAUCAGGAGAUCGAAGUGGAGCCAGACAUCACCCUGCAAAAAGCCCUUCGGAAGGAGCUUCGGGCGGCUUUGCGCUCCUGUUCCAGCAUUCAGGUGCUGGAUGCUACGUUGACUGCAGCGCGGGGCAAGGGUCGUUGUCCACGAGAGAGCAGGCGAAUCCUCAAGGUUCUGAACGCUUUCUGGCAUUCCCAGGGGCGACGGCGGCGACGGUCGGCCAUGAAGCUCAUGUCCCAGGCAACUGUCACAGGGCGAGCAUCGCCGCUUCGCUUUGGCUGA